AUGCAUGAAAUCAUUACAAUUUCAUUGUCUCAUAGAGCCAACCAUCUUACCACCCAAUUCUUCAAUUGUCAAGAGGAGACAUUACUGGAUACAAAUCCAAAUGAUUCAAUUGAUCCAUCCAUUUUCCUUUAUCCUACUAUAGAUAAAAUAUCUAAAACUGUAUCUUAUUCCCCAAGAGCUUUAUUAUGGGAGGCAAAAAAUGGGUUUGGUUCCUUGGGAAAGUACCAGUAUGUCCCAGAAUCGUUAGAUUAUCAUUUUAAUAACAAUAAUUCAGAAAUACCUCCAUCUACCACUGCAAAUAACACUAAUAUAAUAUCUACUCACCCAAAAAUAGAAAAAUCUGCAUACCAAAAUGCAUUAGAUAUAGAUCCAUAUAAUUUACCAAAAUUGACUAAAGAAAACACUAAAUAUUGGUCUGAUUACUCAAAAUUAAUACUUGAACCAAAAAGUUUCAAUACUUUGCAAAAUUGGUAUCAUAAAGUUGACACACCAAAUGUUCCUGACUAUCAAAAUUUAAAUCAAUAUGGAUUUACCACUUAUGAACAAGGUGUUCAAGAAUUCAAUAUUUGUAAGGACGACUUCUUGGAUUAUAAUUUAAGACUAAUGCUGGAACAAGCAGACACUUUACAGGGUAUAAAUUUCAUUACAGAUUUAGAUUCUGGGUGGGGUGGUUUAGCAACACAAUUAGUACAGGAUGUGAGAGAUGAACUACCUAAAUCAACUUUUUUUACAUACGCUUUUAAUGAAUCAGACAUGUUUAGUGGUGCAAAAAUUAAUCACACUCUUAUGAGGAAUAAAAUUAAAAGUACGUUGGCAUUAAAACAGGAGUCUGAUUUAUUUUUCCCUAUAUUUGCCAAUAGUCAAAAGUUAUCAAGCUGGGAAAUUGGUGGUCAGACUUGUAGAUUACUUGAUACGAUCAAUUCAGUAUUAUCACAAAGAAAUAAGGAACAAAGAAAAUCUAUGGAAUAUAUAACAUCAUGUUUAGUUAAUGAUGAUCAAUUACGGAAUGUUAUAACUACUUUAUAUGAUACAAACUAUGAUUACGAUUAUUCUUUCUAUUCUCAAGUUAACAAAGAGGCAAAAUCUCGUGUGUCAUCAAAGGAAUAUCAUAUAUUUUCAAAUUGUUUAAUAAUCAGGGGUGAAAGUGAUGAACUAUCAUCUCAAAAUAAGGAGGGUGAACAAAAUAAAUUUAAAGAAUUUAGAGAAUUACGUACAACUACAUUUAAACCAUCUGAUACUAUUCCUGAAGAAUUUGUUGAAAAGAAGCUGACAUCAAUUAAUAUGUCUACUAAUGAAAAAUCUAGGUAUGUAUUUAAAAAUUGGAACUUCUAUAUUUCUAAAAUAUUUAAACUAGAUGAAGACAGAGAAGAAUUAAAAAAUGAAGCAUCUAAUUUGGUAUCUGCUUAUGAAUUUGGGUAUUACGACGAUGAAGAUUCUGGUGAUGAUUAUUGA